AUGGCCAGCUUUGCGACCGACCCGGGCCACGCCGACGCCUCUCUUGGUCCGGACGCCCUCUCAGCAGCCGACCGGGCAAACCAGCACCAGCUCUCCGCGUCCACCGUGGCCGAGAGCAAUGGGCACGGUGACGGGGGCGACACCGACGACGGGCUCCCGGGCAAAAAGAAGAAGGGCUCCAAGCGGCGAAAGGUCAACCAUGCGUGUCUGUACUGUCGCCGCAGCCAUAUGACUUGCGACGAGGGCCGGCCGUGCCAGCGGUGCGUCAAGCGCGAGAUCGGCCACCUCUGCCACGACGAACGGCGCGCCCCCACGAAGGAAAAACCGCCCGCGGGCGCGGGCACGCCCGGCAUCACAAACCCGGCCAUCGACUACGGAUCCGCGUCUGUGUCGAUGAACACAGGUUGGCCUGGGAUGGGGAUGAGCAUGGCGCAGGGCGCGUGGCUGUACCCGCCCGAGACUUUCAGCAAUGAGUUUUCGGUUCUUUCCGAUUUUCUCGAAUCAUUAGACGACGGGACCUUCUUCAGUCAGCCUCCAGCCAUCGGAACAUCCUUGAUGUCGAGCCCGACAUACACCGGUCCAGUCAGCCUAGGCGUCGACAACCCUUACAUUCCUCCCCCGGGUCUCCCCGGAGCGACUCCUUCAAAUACCUCCGCCGCCGUACCGCUGCCCGCGACCCCCGAAGAGCAAGCCCCCGUCGUCCUCCCGGCAGCCACGAAAACGGAACGGUUCUUCCUCACGGCGGCGGACCAGGCCUCAGGUUCUCGAAACGAGCGGUUGAACAUGGUCAUCAGGAGUAAGUACGAAGCAGGGCUUCUCAAGCCAUACAACUACGUCAAGGGGUACGCAAGACUGUCGAGGUGGAUGGACAAGAACGUCUCGCAAGAAUCGAAAGCGAAGAUCCUUCAACCGCUGUCCGUGCUCCGACCAAAGUUCAGAGCUAUUGCCCAAUCAGAAUCACUUACAGAUAUCGAUUUGGUAUUCAUCGAAGAAGCUUUUGAGCGGUUGCUCCUCGAUUACGAUCGUGUUUUCUCCGCCAUGGCCAUCCCCGCGUGUUUGUGGCGCCGCACUGGGGAGAUAUACAAGGCGAAUCGCGAGUUUGCGGAGCUUGUCGGGGUGGACGGAUACAUGCUUCGAGACGGUCGACUGUGCAUCUAUGAGCUCAUGUCGGAAGAUUCAGCCGUGAACUACUGGGAGAAAUACGGCCACGUUGCGUUCGACUCCAACCAAAAGGCGGUCCUCACCUCGUGCGUGCUGCGGUACAAACCAUUCCUGCCGUCGUCGGGGGCGGUCACACCUGGGCGCGGCAAGGACACGCAGCCUCCCCCGAACGAAGAGGGCACGAUCUCCUGCUGUUUCUCGUUCACCAUCCGGCGCGAUCCGUACGGCAUCCCGACGCUCAUCGUCGGCAACUUCAUCAAGUGCUGA